CCGCCUCUGCCUCGACGGGGGUUGGUGGGCGCGAGCACGGAACUGUGGCGGGCAGAGGGGUGCGGGUCUCGUCGCUAUGUCGCGGAGGUUUCGCAAAGGUUCUACAAGAGGAUGCUCUCAAUAUAACAUCUGCAGAGGAGAGAAAAACUAUGCCUGUUUUUCCUCCUCUCACUUUGACUCCUAUCUUGAGUUGGAAGACCUCUCUGUAGGUGACACUUCUGGAGCAGAGGAGGACACAGAUUCAGCUAUUUUAUAUGGAACUUUGCGAGGAAGUGUUGUUGGAUUACGAUACUACACAGGGAUUGUUAAUAACAAUGAAAUGGUUGCACUUCAGAGGGAGCCCAGUAAUCCUUAUGAUAAAAAUGCAGUGAAAGUAAAUAAUGUUAAUGGAGAUCAGGUAGGCCAUAUAAAAAAAGAGCUAGCAGCAGCAUUGGCAGGCAUUAUGGACAACAAUCUAGCAUCAGUUGAAGGAGUUGUCCCUCAUGGAGCAAAAAAUGCCUUUACCAUGCCUUUACAAAUGAGUUUUUGGGGAAGAGAAGAAAACAAGGAAGCAGUGCUAGAUCAGCUUAAAAAGCAUGGAUUUAAACUGGCUCCUCCUCUGAAAGGACAGAUAGGUUCAGAAUGGGACUUUGGAACACAGUGGAUUUCUGGGAGAGCUGGUCCAAGUUACAGAGCUCCAGUUCAUGCUGCUGUACAGUUGACAACUGAACAGCUUAAAAGUGAAUUUGACAAACUGUUUGAGGAUCUGAAGGAAGAUGAUAAAACUGGUGAAAUGGAAGCAGCAGAGACUGUUGGCACCCUCUUGCUUCCACAUCAGAAGCAGGCCUUAGCUUGGAUGGUUUCACGAGAGAACAGUAGUGAUUUGCCACCAUUUUGGGAACAGAGAAGUAACUUCUAUUACAAUAUACUUACAAAUUUCACAGAAAAGAAGCGUCCUGAAAAUGUUCUUGGAGGAAUACUAGCUGAUGAUAUGGGACUGGGUAAAACACUUACUACUAUUGCACUGAUUCUCACAAAUUUUCAAGAUGGCAAACCUCUUCCAGUUGAAAAGAACAGGAGUGAUAAGUUUUAUGAGGAAUCCAAUACUAAGGCCAUGUGCAACGUUGGACACAAACCGUGUAAAGACUUGAGCAGUGUGAUGGAGCCUGGUGUUUCUAACGUAGAAAAGUUUGAAACUUUGUUGAGAUACUCAAGUUGUCUUCCAAAAAGAGAUAAAGCUAAGAAACCCAGAUAUUCAGGGAGCAGUAACCUUGAAGAGUCUGAAGAAUGUUUACUGCAACAAACAGAAUCAGCUUCCUGUGCUAUCCAAGAAGAUACAAGCUUUGCAUCUGCUCUUCUACCUUCAUCUACUUGUUUAAAAAGGAAAACAAAGAGAAAAGGUAUGGCUAGUGGCCAGGCAGCUGAGAGGAAAUACUCUGAUGAUCUCUCCAGAGCAACACUGAUUGUAUGCCCGCUGUCUGUCCUAAGCAACUGGAUUGACCAGUUUGAACAACAUAUCCACCAGGAUUUUCAUGUUAAUAUUUAUGUUUAUUAUGGUUCUGACCGUAUCAGAGACCCAUCAGUUCUUUCAGAACAAGACGUUGUACUGACAACAUACAACAUUUUGGCUAGUGAUUAUGGAAUCAGAGGUGACAGCCCUUUACACAAAGUCAAGUGGCUGAGAAUUGUAUUGGAUGAGGGGCACACUAUACGAAAUCCAAAUGCUCAACAAACUAAAGCUGCUUUAAGUCUGGAGGGACUCAGAAGAUGGGUGCUGACAGGCACUCCUAUUCAGAAUUCUGUAAAGGAUUUAUGGUCUCUUAUUUCCUUCAUAAAACUGAAACCUUUUACUGACCGAGAGUGGUGGCACAGAACAAUUCAACGUCCGGUCACAAUGGGAACUUCAGGAGGACUUGGGCGUUUACAGUCUCUGAUUAGGAGUAUCACUCUGAGAAGAACUAAAACAAGUAAAGUGAAAGGAAAACCCGUUCUGGAGCUACCAGAACGUAAAGUACUGAUUCAGCAUGUUACGCUUACAGAGGAAGAGAGACAGCUCUAUCAGUCUGUGAAGACGGAGGGCAGAGCUGCUAUUAGCAGAUGUUUCAAUGAAGGGACUGUUCUGACUCACUAUGCUGACAUCCUUGGUAUCCUGCUCAGAUUGAGGCAGCUUUGUUGUCAUCCUCAUCUUUGUAUAAAUACAUCAUCUCCUAGUUUUUCAGCUGAUAAUAAAACUCCUGGAGAACUGCGUGAGACAUUAGUGAGUAAAAUGAAGUUGGUUCUCAGCUCAGGUUCAGAUGAAGAGUGUGCAGUUUGCUUGGAAUCACUGACUCUUCCUGUGAUAACACACUGUGCACAUGUGUUUUGUAAGCCAUGUAUCUCUGAAGUCAUCAGAAGUGAACAGCCAAAUGCCAAAUGCCCGCUCUGCAGGAAUGAGCUUCAAGCGCAGCACUUGGUGGAAUGUUCCCUAGAAGAGGAAGUAGACUCCAGUAGUGGGAAGAAGUCUGAUCAGGAGUGGAUAUCCAGUUCAAAGAUAAAUGCCCUCAUGCAUGCGCUGAUAGAACUACGGAGGGAUAAUCCAGCUGCUAAGUGCCUGGUUGUUUCUCAGUUCACAACUUUCUUAUCGCUGAUAGAAAAUCCCUUGAAAGAAUCUGGGUUUGCCUUUACUCGUUUGGAUGGGUCAGUGACGCAGAAGAAAAGAGUAGAAGCGAUUCAGUGUUUCCAAGGCAGCCAAGCAGGAUCCCCAACUGUAAUGCUUUUGUCUCUGAAAGCAGGUGGAGUUGGAUUAAAUCUGACAGCAGCUUCCCGAGUGUUUUUAAUGGAUCCUGCUUGGAAUCCUGCUGCAGAAGACCAGUGUUUUGACAGGUGUCACAGGCUGGGUCAGAAAAAUAACGUUGUUAUUACUAAGUUCAUUGUGAAGGAUUCAGUUGAAGAAAGUAUGCUGAAAAUUCAGAACAAGAAGAGGGAACUUGCAGCAGGAGCCUUUGCUACCAAAAAGCCUUCAGCAAGUGAAGUAAAACAAGCCAAAAUUGAUGAAAUUAAAGCUCUAAUUGAUUUAUAGCUUGAAAUGGUAGUAUUUUGAGUAAAUAAUAUAUUUUAUCUUAUAUUACUCUUCAAGUUGCAUGUCCCAUGCUGACUUUUAGUUUUGCUAUCUCUAUGGUCAAAACAUACAUGCUUCAAAUUUCUAAAAAAUAAGUUAUUUCUGAAUACUAAUUUAGAAACACACAGACUUGUUUUGCACUCGUGAAAUCCUUCCGGCAUUCAUUUCUUCAGAAUGCUUCUUAUUAUGUACAAUGCCUAAGAACACAUAAAAAUCUCUUGGAACAGAAAUGUUUAUUUGUGCAUUCUAAUUUGGAAGGAUUUAAUCUCUUUUUAGAGGUGAAAAGAUAAAAAAAGGUAAAUAAUGUGUGUUUUGUUCUUCAGAUAAAACCCUUAAGAAAUUAAUUAUCUUCAUAUUUUAAUCUCAGGUGUUUCCUGAUAGUCAGACAGGGCAACUGGAUUGUUUUCUGCAGGACUAUGAUUCUUUUGAAAAAUGAUGCUUUGAGUAUGUAGUGCUUUAAUUCAGUUACUAAUGUGAGUACCUUCAGACAAGGAAUAAAAGGGGAUCUCUGUUGUUCUCCAAAUGCUGUUCUUCAAUAAUUUAAUAAUGGCAGAUAAUGACAUACAGGUCAUUGUCUUAAAAACAUGCUGCACAGAGUUCGCUAUAGAUGUCAUACCUUUUGCUUUCCUGAGUCUGUGGGUAAGCACUUGACCACAGUGUGAAUCACGGAGGCCAGGACAGAAUACUUUUAUAGGUUUUUCUUUCUUUACUAACUAUAUUGGUUAACCCAAAACAUGCAGGUUUUCAUCUCAUUCAGUACCUGUCUUUACCUUCCUGUAUUAGUGUAACAAAAUUUACAAGCUAAACCAGAUUUUCAAGUUGGUAUAGUCUCACGUUUUUACUGCUUGUGUUCUUUUCAGCUAAGCUUAAAAAGAAGUAACUUACAUGUUCUCUAGUACAAAUACAGACAAGAGGAGCAAAACUAGGACUGUUUGGCUGUCUUUUCAAGAGAGUAUUUAACCAUUUUCCAUAGAGUAUUUUGUGAGCAUGCAGAAGUCAAACAUUUCUACUUGUUGGAUAAAGUAUACUUUUGU